ACCAAAGCCCGGCCCGGCCAUGGACCGGAUGCACCCACGGGGCCCGGAAGGGCGGGGGGCGCCGCGGAGCGUGGGGACCCGCACCGGGGGGCGCUGAGCUCCGCCGCCCCCCCCCCGCUAUGAGCCUUGGUUGCGCCAAUCAUUGCAAAUGAAAAUGGAGGAAAUGCCUUUGUCUGGCCUGGAUAACAGCAAACUGGAGGCCGUGGCACAUGACAUGUACACGGAGCUGGUGGAUGACGCGUGCCUGGGGCUGUGCUUCGAGGUCCAUCGAGCUGUGAAAUGUGGAUACUUCUUCCUGGAUGACACCGACCCCGACAGCACCAAGGACUUCGAGAUCGUGGACCAGCCAGGUGUGGACAUCUUCGGGCAGGUUUACAACCAGUGGAAGAACAAGGAGUGUGUGUGUCCCAACUGCAGCCGCAGCAUCGCGGCCGCGCGCUUCGCCCCUCACCUGGAGAAGUGCCUGGGGAUGGGGCGGAACAGCAGCCGCAUUGCCAACCGCAGGAUCGCCAGCAGCAACACUCUGAACAAGUCAGAGAGUGACCAGGAGGACAAUGAUGACAUCAAUGACAACGACUGGUCCUAUGGCUCCGAGAAGAAAGGUGGGGGGGGGGGGGAGGGGGGGGGAGGGUUUGGGGUGAAACCUGCCAGGAAUGGUAAAAGUCAUGUUUUCUGUUGCCCCAUAGCAAAGAAGAGGAAAUCGGAUAAGAACCCGAACUCACCCCGAAGGUCCAAGUCCCUGAAACACAAGAACGGUGACAUCGGAGGGAACCCCGACCCCUUCAAGUACAGUAACUCCACUGGGAUCAACUAUGAGACCCUGGGACCUGAGGAGCUGCGGACGCUGCUGACAACGCAAUGCGGAGUCAUCUCUGAGCACACCAAGAAGAUGUGCACCAGGUCCCUGCGGUGUCCUCAGCACACAGAUGAGCAGCGGAGAUCAGUGCGGGUGUAUCUGCUGGGGCCCUCUGCGUGCCUCCCGGAGGCUGAGGCCCCCGAGGACCCCGAGAGCCUCGAGGCCGCCGAGAGCCAGAGCCGGGCGCUGCUGAGCCGCCUGCACUGGGACAGCUCCGACCUGUCCCCUGCGGACUCAGGCUCCUCCAAAGCCAGUACCAACCCCUCUGAGUCCCGCAAGGCCAAGAAGAAGAAGCCCCAUUUGGGUCUGGGGGGGGCUCCGGCCUUGGGGGGCUCCAAUAAGAAGAAGAAACCCAAACCCCCCCACCCGCACCCCCCAAGCAUCUACGAUGACAUCAACUGAGCUAUGGGGCCGGGGGGGGGCCCACACCCCCCCUAUGGUGCCUCUAUUUAUUGAUGUCUAUGGGGCUCGGAGAUGGGGCACAGCCCCCCCCAUGGUUGAGGAUGGAGGGGACCCCCCCACAAUGGGUUUGAAUGGGAUGGGGGCACUGGGGGGUGGG